AUGUGUGUAUGAGAGAGGGGAGUAUGGAGUAGAGCGAGAGAGAGAGAGACCCAGAUCUCUUUGCUGUAGCAUUUUCUUCUUGACCUGGAAUCCUAGAGGAGGAGAACUGAGAGAGCAGAGCUGGUCCGUGUGAUGGUAUUCACUCUGUAACAAGGCAGAUGAACAUGAGUAGUAGUGAGAAGAGGAAUAGGAAGAGGUCGUCAGAGGACAUCGACAUACAGAAGGACAGACUGAGUCUCCUGUAGGAUUGACUUCAACCCCACUCCAAACCUAACCCUGGGGACCAGAAAGAACAGAGGAUGAGAUCCAAGAGCAGUGGGGUGGAAAGCCCAGCCAAUGGAGUACUGAGGGUUCCCCAGGCAAUGCAUGACAUAAACCAAGAAGAGGAAGUAAAUCUGCAUGCACCUAUAAAGAGCCUAAAGGUCAAAGUUCAACCAAACAAUGAGGAAGUGGAGGGGUUAGUGGUCUCUGACAUAGAGAAGUCAACUGAGGACAGCUCAGGGACUAGUGACCAAAGACUGGGAAUCAUCAACUUUACUAAAGAGGACCUUCUGAGGCUGCUAGGUGUCAUGGAAUGUGAGGUUCAGGCGAUGGAGGAUGUUAUCUGUGUGCUGAAGACUGAGAAGACACAGAAGACUCUGGAGUCCCACUAUGGUUCUGCAGUUCCUACCACAGCCCUCCAGGCCUUACAGAGAGACAGCCUUCUCACCACCAUCCGGACACACAAUGACAAUGUCUACCCGAGGCCAAUGGCUGAACUGGAUCAUCUACAGGAGAAACACAAGGACACGUACCGGCGCAUGCUGGAACAGCUUCUAUUGGUUGAGAAGUGUCACUGGCGCACCGUGCACGAGCUGGACAAUGAGAAACGCAAACACACUGACUACAUGAGCAAGAGUGAGGACUUCACCAACCUACUGGAGCAGGAGAGAGAGAGAUUGAAGAGGUUGCUGGAGGAUGAGAAAGCCUGCCAGGUGCGUAAAGAGAAGGAGCACGCCAAGUGUCUGGAGAAGGUAAGAGAGGAGCUGGUCAAACUGAAGUCCUUUGCCCUGAUGCUGGUGGAUGAGCGGCAACUCCACCUGGAGCAGAUGGACCAGCAGAGCCAGAGGGUCCAGGAGCUGAACCAGCAGCUGCAGGAGAGGGAGCAGACCCUGAACGACACCAGCUGCCGAGCACAGGAGGACUGCCAGAGGGCGCUGAGCUCGGAGGGCAAGCUGAAGGAACACCAGGCCAAGUUCAUCCAGGAGCAAGAGGAGAUGACAGCCAAGAUGGUCAGCCAGGAGUUCCAGAACCGCCAGCUGGAUGCCAAGCUGUCUGGACUCACCCACAAACUGGAGGAGCUGGAGGAGAGCAACGUAGCACUGAGGAGGUCAGAAAAGGAGCUACACGAGCUGAGGGAUAAGACCAGCAAAGGGAAGUGUGGGAACUCUAACCUAAUGACAGAACUGGAGAACUUCCGCAAACAGGUAUUUGAGAUGAAAGGGCAAGACGAGGAAAUCACCAAGACAGAGGUCCAGUACAGAGAGAUGAGGAAGAGGCUGCAGGAAGAGGAGAGCCAAAGGAAAGAACUCAAACUGCAGGUGGAGAAGCUCCAGAGAAGGAUGGUGAAGCUGGAGAGACUAGAGGGGGAGUUCGACGCCAGCAAGGCAGAGUGCUCCCAGUUACACUCCACUCUGGAGAGAGGGAAGGGCAUGUCGAAGGAGCUCACCGAUGAACUGGUAGCAGUUAAGAUACGCAUGAAAGAGAUGGAAUCUUCUGAGCUGAGACUGGAAAAGACUGAGCAGAGCCUUAAAGAUGACCUGGCGAAGAUGAAGUCAUUCACUGUGGUAAUGGUUGAUGAGAGGAACAAUUUGAUGGAGAGAAUGAAGUUCGAGGACAAUAAUUGUGAUUUGAGUAAGAUGUUCAAGGCUGAGCAGGGCAAGGUUAUGGAAGUGACUGAGAGUUUAAUAGAGGAGAGUAAAAAGCUCCUGAAGUUGAAAUCAGAGAUGGAAGCCAAGGUAGGGACCCUCACCAGAGAGAAAGGAGAGCUUAGUACUAGGCUUGCUUGUGAAAUGGAAAAGAGCAAGGAUCUUAGCUACAAAGUCAGCCAAAUGAACAAGAGGUUGGAUGGAUUGGAGGAGGAAGGAAAUAUAGGCAAACAUAACAUAGCAAAGAGGGAACUGGGAAGAUUGUCAGAUGGGGGUUUGAAAGAGUACAACAGGGUGGAGGAGCUAACAUUUGAAAUAGAGCAAUUAAAAAACCGCCUCAAGCAGCUGGAAGUUGUGGAGGGAGAUUUGAUAAAGACAGAGGAUCAGUAUGACCUGCUGGAGAAAAAGUUCCUGACAGAACAAAACAAGGCCCACAUUCUCUCCCAGCAGGUGGAGGAGAUGAAGAGUCAGAUUGCCCUGAAUAAAGGCAUAGAGAAAGGAGAGGUGGAGAGCCAAGAAGUAGACCUACGACAGCGCUACAAGACAGAAGAGGCCAAAACCAGAGACUUGCAGAAUGACAUAGUAGCCCUCAAGGAGAAGAUCCAUGAGCUGAUGAACAAAAAAGACCAGCUCUCUCAGCUCGAAGUGAACUACUCCUUCCUCCAGCAGAGGUUCAUAGAGGAAAAGGAGAAGAAGAACAAGAUGAGCAUUGAGGUCCUCCACCUCACCAAAGAGCUGGAGGUGACCAAGCGCCACAGCCGCACUCUACGACCCAGCCUGAAUGGGAGGAGGAUGGUGGACAUCGCAAUGGCGUCCACUGGAGUGCAGACUGAUGCACUGGCCACUGAGAUGGCAGAAGAGGACACCCCAGCUGUGUUCAUCCGGAAGUCUGUCCAGGAAGAGAAUCACAUCAUGAGUAACCUUCAACAGAAGUGCCUCAAGAAACCCACAGAGAAAGCUGGUGAUCAAGAACACUUCUCACUGUCUGCUGCAACUGACCUCAGCAUGAAGAAGUCUUGGAUUCCCUCGAUGCGGAAGAGGGAAAAUAUUCCUCAGGGUGGUAAUGUGGACAGGUCUGUGGGUAUCAACAGUGAAUCCAUGCAUUCUGAGCUAACCAUGUCCCAAAAGGAAGGGCAGCCUUUACGCAUCAGAGUGACCCCAGACCACCAGAACAGCAUGGCUACCCUGGAGAUCAGCAGUCCCACUGCUGAGGACCUUUACUCCAGCUCCACCCUACAGGUCCACCAGAAGUCUCGGAUUACCAUCAUUCCCACCCACACCACCACCUCUUCAAGGGGCAGAGCCAGCGCCAGGCCAGGGGGACCAGAGAUGGCCAAGUCCCCAGUCAGCAUCACCACCAUCUCCAGGGCCAAGUCACCAGAGUGCAGCAGGGCCUCCUCAUCUUCCUCCUCCUCUUCCUCCUCAGGCAGGCCCAUGUCACCUAUAUCCAUCAUGAAGGUCAGCACAUCCAUGCUGUCCAACAUGUCCGCCUCCCCAGAGCUCCAUGAGAUGACCAUGGCCCGGGCAAUGUUCAAGGUCACCCCUGAGAAACAGAUGGUCCCCACGCAGAUCAGGAAGUACAACUCCAACACCAGUAUCAUCACCACCACAGAGGACAAUAAGAUCCACAUCCACCUGCAUGGCUCCCAGUUCCAUAAGAGCCCCUCUGAGGGCCACAACAACAACGACAACACAGGCCCCAAGGUGGUGGUUAGGCCUGUCGGCGUGGCAACGGAGUGUAACAGAGAAAUGACGUUAUCCACGGGCACAGUGUUGCGCUCCCCUCGUCACUGCACUACAGCCCUCAAAACCACACCCAGUAAAGUGAUGAGCAGCAUCACUAUCACUCCAGUCACGUCCACCCCUGCCAGGUCAACACAAGCUGUGCCUGGGCAUGAUGCCCACCCAUCCCGGGCAGGGCUCACCCGUAUCCCCAUCUCCAAGAGCCUGAAGACGGGCAAAACCAUGCUGGGAGUUCUGGGGAUGUUUGGAGGAAUGAGAGCAGAGAGCCAGUCCAUGAGGAUAGAGCUUAAGAAAUCCACAAUCAGCAGCACAACAGCCUUUCAAAAUGGAGGGGAAAGCUGAUAGAGCCAGAGACACUAACAGGGAACAUUAAUCAAACAAGCUGCCAACCAUGGUAGUGUUCUAUGGGUCAGAGGUGCUCUGUGUAAAAGUUCAAUUUAAGUACCCUGAGGCGGAAAGAGAGAGGGGGGAUAUUGAGACAAGAGAAAGUCAUUUGGCUCCUCUCUAUUGAGCAGGAGGCUGAGUUGACCAUUGUGUUUUCGUCCAACUGAAACAAUAUACAUAUCUAAACAUUAUACGAUAGAAUGUUGUACUUGAAAUUAUGUAUAUAUAUUUUUUAAACAAAUUCUAUUCUGUUUUCAUGUCGAUGAAAUCAACUUCACUGCUUUCUUAGAUAACAAUUGUUAUGUGUGCAUUUUUAAGGGAAUAUAGCCCAUGUGGAUUGUUAGGUAAUGCUGCUACUAACUGCUGUAUGUAUUAGUUAUGUACUGCUUGUUACAGCAUUUAGUACUGAGGCCAAAUCAUUUGGUUUGUGGCAAAUGAAAUGUGUCCUUUUUAUGUCAAGGUUUUUGUAAUGACAUGUCAUUUAAAUAAAAUACUUUUUUGAAAGAU